UCUUCCUUGUUCUCCUCGACUUGUCGAAACGUUGCCCGCUGCGACCACCGCGCCUCUCCCACCCUCAGCCCAGCGUAGCUAGCCAGCCAGCCCGUGUCUGACUCUGACCGAGUCUGAAAGCCAGAGUCUAUUGCUACUCUUCGCACGACUAGGUCUCACCCCCGACCUGUUCCUUAGACCCGUCGCGUCUGGUCCCCCCCUCCAAAGCAUAAUAAUAAUAGCAGCUCCGCGCCCAUCGUAUCUUCCCCCUCCCGUCCCAGCCAUGUACACUCCCGGCUACGGCUUCUCCAAUGUCCCUCCGAACUUCAACACCGGCGCCCCACCCUCAAAUCAGAACCCUCACAUGCAGCCAGGCUCAGUCUCAAAUCAAGCCGGGCAACAAAUGAUGUACAACCCUAAUCAAUUCGCUGGUAUGCCCGGUGGCCAGUCCGGCUUUGUCGGUGGACCCAAUCCCGCCAUGAUGUCGGGCGCUGGUCCUGCAGGCAUGAUGCAGAACGCCGGCAUGCCGCACAUGGCUGCCAAUGGCCAAAUGGCCUUCCAAAACCCCUACCAGGGCAAUCCGUACGGCGGCAACAUGCCCGCGCCGGGCAGUCAACAUCCCAACUUUGGCGGGAUGCAAGGCUUCCCGAUGAACGCAAGUAUGACGCCUCAGCAACAGCAGCAGAUCAUGAUGCAGCAGCAGCAGCAGCGCAUGCAAGCCCAGCAGGCGCAGCAGCAGCAGCAACAACAACAACAUCAGCAAGCACAGGGACAACCCAACCAAGGUGGCAUGCCGUUAGGCUCGACUCCUUCAAGGCCGAUGAGCGCGGCACAGGGAGGACACGGUUCCCCGAAUAACGCUAUGCAACAGCAGCAGCAGCAGCAGCAACAACCCACCCAGCAGCAGCAACAUCAGCAGCACCAGCACCAGCAGCACCAGCAGCACCAGCACCAGCACCAGCAGCACCAACAAGCGCAGCAGCAGCAUCAACAGCAACAAGCUCAACAACAUGCGCAACAGCAGUCGCAAUUCCCGGCGCCGCAGCCUCAGUCUCUCAGCCAAACCCCCACGACCGCUGCACAACAGCAUUCAGCGUCCGUAACAACUCCUCAGACACCUACAUUUCCCCAGCAUCACCAGAGCGCGAGUUUGAAUGGCGGGUCGUCGUUGUCCACUCCUCUCAGCCCCGGCAGCGAGUCGCGGGAGCAGGAGCGGUUCUCCUUGCUGCUGGAAAUCAACCAGGAACUGCUGUUCGAGUCGAUGCAGCUGCAACAUACUCUGAGCGAGCUGAAGAAAGAAGCGAACACCUCAGGCGAAGCAGAGCAAGCAAGGAAACCUACCCAAGAAGAGUCAGCGGCGCAGCAGGAUUACAACCAGUGAGUCAGCAGCGGAGGCCUCUCGUGGCGUAGCAGAACUAACAGACGUUCCCCCUAGCUGUAUGCGACGACUUCAAGCGAAUCUCGCCUACUUGGCCGCUCUGGCUGACAGGAAGGGCAACGUCCAAGUCCCGCCGUCCCCCGCCUACCUUUC